UGCUGUUUGUCGCCCUGUGCCAUCGUGAAGGAGGAAACUCCCAAAGUCUGGUUUAUUUAUUCACAACAAGGCUUUGUCCAGGUCGGAGGCCGCAACAGCCGGAAAGCACAAGCCCAGGGAGACCUGGGAGUCAUCUCUGGGCAAAAGUAGUGGGUGAAGCAGCCUUCGGUGUCCGCCCACCUCCUCCUGGUGAUUUUUCAGUUUUUAGCUGGUGGCACCUUGUUCUGCCACAAGCCCAGCUGGGCUAGGGCGGCAGGAUAUCUUGCCGAGAGACUCAAGAAACGACCGGGAGACUGCGGACGAGACAUACAGAUUUAUUGGGACUUUCUUACAGGGAGAAUGUCCGGUGGCGGCUGGCUGGACGGACAUGUGCACCCCCAACCGCCCCCUAAGAGAAGCUUGGUUAAGUAGGCGGAGGAACAAAGGAUGCAUGCUUGCUAAAGGGCUGUCCUUGGUGCGACCAGCGUCCCCAGGAACAGUAGCUCACGUGGAGGAGCUCUGUGUCCCUGUAAGACGCGAUGUUCUUCUCCUGGGAUAAGGGAGAGUCGGGCGGCCAGGCCAAGAUCGUUACAAAUCCGGGUAGCUGGGCUGCCUGCCCAGAAGGGAGCCAGAAGGACACAUGGUUGCAGUGGGCCUGGGGGUUUCUGCUGAGCAAGCAAGGCCCGAGCCCUACACAACUCUUUUCUCUGGCGCCCUGCCCGAAACCCUGUCUAGUGACUUGGACGUAUCUAUUUAGAUAAAGGGGACUUUGAAAGACCCCACGCUCCCUUUGCUGUCAUCACAGGCACUGCAGUAGAGGGACCAGUUCCUCAUUGAGAGGCAGGCUCCGAACUGCGAAAACGCAUGGUGAUCUGCGUCUGUUUGGAAGCCUGAACCAGCCAAGGGGCUUUGACGAGGCUCCUGCCCAACAUGGAUAUGAGGAGACCCUCAGAAUGAAGAUGGUGGCAUCAGCACAUUCAAGUGGUCAAAUCUACGAUGACCUUUUAAUGAGGAAAUUUGGAAAAUGUCCAGCGAAACCGUGUUUCCCCUAGGCCUGGAAGAGGACUCCACAGAUGUUGGCGAGGAGGACAGCUUCCUCGGUCAGACUUCGGCUCACACGUCUACCCCGCAGACAUUUAGUUACUUCUCUCAGGUAUCGAGCAGUAGCGAUCCUUUUGGGAAUAUUGGACAGUCGCCAUUGCCAACUACAGCAGCAUCGGCUGGACAGUCAGCAUUCUCCAAGACCCCGACUGCUCUCGCUUUUACAACGGGAUCCCAAGAUAUGUCGAAUGUGUUUUCACCGUCCGUUUCGAAGGCUCAAUAUGGUGCUCCACCUUCUUCACAGAUGGGAAUAAAUACUUAUCUGCCUUCUCAGCCAAGUAGUCUCCCGCCUUCAAAUUUUGGGAGCCCACCCCAAGGAACACCGCAACAAGGAUACAAUCCAUAUCGCCAUACCCCUGUGAGCAGCAGGGCGAAUCCUUACAUUGCACCCCCGCAGCUUCAGCAGUGCCAGACACCAGGCCAUCCCACUCCUCCUCCACCCUCCGGACCCCCUGUUCAGAUGUACCAGACGCCUCCAGGAGCUUCGCCACCGGUUCCUCCUGCAGUGCAGUCAGGGCUGUCCCCUCCUCCACAGCAGCAGGCGCUUGCCAGACCUCUGGGUCCCCCCGUGCAAGUGCCACCUCCUUUUUUACUUCAAAGCCAAUAUGAACCUGUUCAACCCCAUUGGUUUUACUGCAAGGAGGUAGAGUACAAACAGCUAUGGAUGCCUUUCAGUGUGCUGGACUCUCUGAAUCUGGAAGAAAUCUAUAAUUCAGUCCAGCCAGACCCUGAGAGCGUGGUCCUCGGCACGGAUGGGGGCCGCUACGAUGUUUAUCUCUACGACCGGAUGAGGAAAGCCGUGUACUGGGAAGAGGAGCCGGCGGAAGUGAGACGCUGCACGUGGUUUUACAAAGGGGACACAGAUAGCAGAUUUAUUCCCUACACAGAGGAGUUCAGUGAAAAACUGGAGGCUGAAUAUAAAAAAGCUGUAACCACGAAUCAAUGGCACCGUAGAUUAGAGUUUCCAAGUGGAGAGACAAUUGUUAUGCACAAUCCAAAGGUUAUUGUUCAGUUCCAGCCUUCAUCAGUGCCAGAUGAAUGGGGAACCACACAAGACGGACAGACAAGGCCCAGGGUUGUAAAGCGUGGAAUUGAUGAUAACCUUGAUGAAAUUCCUGAUGGGGAAAUGCCUCAGGUGGAUCAUUUGGUGUUCAUGGUGCAUGGCAUUGGACCUGUGUGUGACUUGCGCUUUAGAAGCAUUAUUGAAUGUGUGGAUGAUUUUAGGGUGGUUUCUCUCAAAUUGCUGCAGACACACUUCAAGAAAGCUUUAGAUGAUCGGAAGGUCAGCAGAGUGGAGUUCCUUCCAGUUCACUGGCAUAGCUCCUUGGGCGGGGAUGCCACGGGCGUUGACAGGAAUAUUAAGAAAAUCACUUUACCAAGUAUUGGUCGGUUUCGUCACUUUACCAAUGAAACCUUGCUAGAUAUUUUAUUUUACAAUAGCCCCACCUACUGUCAGACGAUUGUGGAAAAAGUAGGAAUGGAGAUAAACCGUCUGCAUGCACUCUUUAUGAGUCGGAACCCAGACUUCAAAGGAGGAAUCUCUGUUGCUGGUCACAGUUUAGGUUCUUUAAUAUUAUUUGACAUCCUGUCUAAUCAAAAAGAUUUGAAUUUAUCAAAGUCUCCUGGGCCUUUUGCUGUUGCUAAUGGAGUUGUGAAGCAGCCACAUUUUCAGGAAAAACAGGCUCCUGAAGAGCCAAAGCUGACUUUGGAUGAAUCUUGUGACCUUGAUGUUGAAAAUGAAGAAGUCCUAACUUUGCAAGAAACUCUGGAAGGACUUAGUCUCUCUGAAUACUUUAGCACUUUUGAAAAGGAAAAGAUCGAUAUGGAAUCUCUGCUUAUGUGUACAGUUGAUGACCUGAAGGAAAUGGGCAUACCCCUUGGACCCAGAAAGAAGAUAGCUAACUUCGUAAAACAUAAAGCAGUUAAAUUGGAACAGAAAAAAGCAGCAUCAGAAAAGAAGGCAGUGAUGGCCGCUUCGACAAAAGGACAAGAGGAAAGUGCUCAGAAAGCUAAAGAAAUGGCUUCUAUCCCCUCAGAAUCUAACGGGUCCAAGAGGAAACUUCCAGUUGGUGCUUACGUUUCUUCUAUGCAUGUUGAUUAUGAGUCUUUUGAAGUUGGCACUGGACAAGUUUCUGUUGUUUACAACUCAUUAGACUUUGAACCAGAGAUUUUCUUUGCCUUGGGAUCUCCAAUUGGUAUGUUUCUUACUAUUCGAGGAGUGCACAGGAUAGAUGAGAACUACAGGCUUCCCACCUGUAAGGGAUUCUUCAAUAUUUAUCAUCCACUUGAUCCAGUGGCCUAUAGAUUAGAACCUAUGAUUGUUCCAGAUUUGGACCUAAAAGCAGUUCUCAUUCCACAUCAUAAAGGCAGAAAAAGACUUCAUUUAGAGUUGAAAGAAAGUCUCUCUCGUAUGGGAUCUGAUUUGAAGCAGGGUUUUAUUAGCUCUCUGAAAAGUGCUUGGCAGACGUUAAAUGAAUUUGCCCGUGCUCAUACCUCUUCAACUCAGUUGCAAGAAGAAUUAGAGAAGGUAGCCAAUCAAAUCAAAGAAGAGGAAGAAAAGCAAGUAGUUGAAGCAGAAAAGAUUGUUGAAAGUCCAGAUUUUUCCAAGGAUGAGGACUACUUAGGAAAGGUUGGAAUGCUAAAUGGAGGCCGCCGAAUUGACUACGUCCUUCAAGAAAAGCCAAUAGAGAGUUUUAAUGAAUAUCUUUUUGCUCUUCAGAGUCACUUAUGCUACUGGGAAUCUGAAGAUACCGCCCUGUUAUUACUUAAAGAAAUUUACCGAACAAUGAACAUUAGUCCAGAACAGCCCCAGCAUUGAUGGGACUUCACUUUCACUGUAGAGUUGCAGUACGAUUACGUUGCUGAGAAGAUCCUCAGAGGACGUUCCCAGCUUGCUCCUGUGACGGGUGACAGAGAAGUGAUUCAUCGACAGUUGCUCAGAUGUGAUUCUCAGAUGUAGGGAUUCAUUUUAAAGAAAACAUACCGAACAAAAAGACAGUGAAAAACCAGUACCACAUUUGGACAGAAGAGACGAGAAAUGUAAUCAUCACAAUGAUGCAGUUAAAAAUUCCUCUGAUCAGUUUAGUUGUACAGUUGUCAAAGUAAUGUGUGAUAUCAACGAAGAAAUACCUGUAGCAUGCAGAUGUUUGUUUCUGUUUCUUAAAAAAUUAUUGUCAGUAGGCUAUUAAACUUGCAUUUUUUUAAAUUAAUGUAGUAUGUUCUUUCAUUCAAGUAUGGACUUCUUGAGAAACUAUAGUAAUACGAUUUUUAAAAAAUUUAUGUUCUUGUUUAAAUGUGAAUUGUAGUUCUGAGCUGCUUUAAUGCAGGGUCAUUUGUAUUUGUUAAGAGGAAGUAACCAAGGGCACUUAUUCCAAGUAGAAUCUGAGCUUCUUCUGGAGCUUUCGGGCUGUUGCUGAGAGCACGGCUGUGGGAGGAAGUGAACUGUCUCCUGCUGCCCAGAUGUCCUGGGAAGCCUUCUCCCAGCUUGCCCGUUCCUACCCGGAGGGCGCAGCGACGGGAGGGGUUCCAUCUCCUCUAACGUAGCCGUGCGGUCGCCUCACUGCUAAAGUUCCAGUUGACGUGAGAACCAAAGUAGAGUUUGUUUGGUUUUGGGGUUUGUUGCUUUGUAUUAAUUUCACUUAUACCAAAGUGUUUGAAAGUAUGAAAUGUAUUGUUUCUAGACUAUAAAUCUACUUCAUGAAAAGACUGUUCUGUAAUAUUUCACUUUGUUUUACUAUAGCUUCAAAUUAUCUGAAAAUAUUUUCCUAAUACUACAUGGGAAUGCUGAAUUUCCUUCUUUUGUUAUGCAGUAGAAACAUUUUACACUGUUUACAUAGUUCUCAUGGAACAUAGAAUCUUUUGAAAGCAACAUAUGAUACACAUUUUUUGUGUAUAUAUUCUAAUUAGUGUGAAUAAAACUGUAACAUCAAUGCAUUUUUUUAAGCAGCCAACUUCUGUAUUUCUCUUGUCUUCUUUAAAAGUAUUCCUAUGAGUUCAGCCUUUCUUUACUUUUCAUUCUGAAUACCUGCUAUAUAUAGUUAAUACGUAGCAUUUGCUCCUAAUAAUAGAAUUAAGACAGUAGAGUUUUAGAGCUGAGGUGGACCCCAGACAGUAUAUUCCACCCACCUCAUUCUGCAGCUGAGGACAUGACACUGAGAGCCUUUCUCAGGCUGCUUGGGGGCAGAUCUGGGCUGGAGUACAGUUUCACUGACUCCCUUUUGGCCUUCAUUUCUCUACACCAGUACUACUAUUUUUCACUUAAUUUCCCCUUAAUUUCCCAAAACUAAUCAAAUAAAGAACAAUGAGGGUUAUUUAUGUAUAUUUUAAUAAAAUCCAGUUUGAUUUUUCCAUUUA